AAGCCGUGCUUCUCGGUUGGAAAAACUAAAAAAAGCUCUCUGGACGGCGGGGCCAGAGCUGAUGGCAGACAAUGUCAGCCACUAACAACAUAGCCCAGGCCCGGAAGCUGGUGGAACAGCUCCGCAUCGAAGCCGGGAUCGAGCGCAUCAAGGUCUCUAAAGCCUCGUCGGAACUCAUGAGUUACUGCGAGCAGCAUGCCCGGAACGACCCCCUGCUGGUCGGCGUCCCUGCCUCUGAAAACCCCUUUAAGGACAAGAAACCGUGUAUUAUUCUAUAGCUCUGCCUUCCUGUGUGUCCCCCCCACCUCUGUCUCCCCCUCGGUCAGGGCAUCAUUCAGUACGUAGCCAAGCAAAGCGUUUCCUGUCCCCAAAACUUUUAAUUCCAAAAGAAAUGCAGAACGUCGCCACCGCCCAGAUGGGGUAAAACGUGCCCUCUGGGUUUGGACGGAUUUUCAGACCCAACAACGCAGCCCUC